UCUAUUCCUACUAAUGCUUGGACCUAUAAUAGCUCAUCCUUGAUAUCCCUUGUUGCAUUCAUUCUAUUAAUGCAUUGAGUGAACCGUUCGAUGCUUUGAAUAUAACUCAGGGUUCAGCAAUCUUGUUGGCAAUCUUAGAGAGACUGGGGCCUUUUGUGUUGAUUCUGGAUGAUGUGUGGGCUAGUUUCUCUCUUGAAGAUGUAGGAAUUCCAGAGCCAACUACAAGCAACGGUUGCAAGUUAGUUUUGACCACCCGUUCAAAAGAGGUUGCCCGAUCAAUGGGAUGUAAGAUAAUUGAAGUGAAGCCUCUUAAAAAGGAUCAAGCAUUAAAAUUAUUCUUGAAUAAAGUUGGAGAUGACAUUUUUCCUACACCGACAUUAGAAUCAACUUUGAAGAUGAUUGUGGAUGAAUGUGCUGGUCUUCCACUUGCAAUAGUUACAGUAGCUGGUAGCAUGAAGGGAAUGUCUGACCCACAUUUGUGGAAGAAUGUGUUGAAUGAAUUGAGAGAACAAAAAAGAAUGGUGGCAGGUACAGAGGUUGAUGAAUUUCGCAUAUUAAAAUUCAGUUAUGACCAAUUAAAAGAUGAAAAAAUUCAACAUUGUUUUUUAUGUUGUGCAUUAUAUCCUGAAGACCAUGAAAUUCAAAAAGAUGAGAUAAUUGAAUAUUGGAUUGAGGAGGGACUUAUAGAUGAAAUGCAGACCAGACAAGCAAUGAAGUUUAAAGGCCAUGGUAUUUUGUGGAAGCUUGAAGGCAACUGCUUGUUGGAAUUCAUUAAAGAUAAAUAUAAAGGAGAAUGUGUGAGGAUGCAUGAUCUUCUUCGAGACAUGGCACUACAUAUCACAAGAACAAGUCCUCGAUUCUUGGUGAAAGCUGGCACAACGAGCGAGUUACCUCCUGAGGAGCAUGAAUGGAAAGAAGAUAUUUUGAAGGUUUCUUUAAUGUAUAACUACAUAAAAGAAAUUCCUUCAAGCUUGCCAUCUCCAAAGUGCCCUAUGCUUACAACCUUGUUGUUGUCUUAUAACCUUUUCUUAACAAUUCCAGAAUAUUUUUUUGAUCAUAUGCUUGGGCUCAAGAUUCUCGAUCUUUCCUACAAUGUUUGCCUAGAAAGCCUACCAAAUUCAGUUUCUAGAUUAGAGAAUCUUACCGCUCUGUUGUUGCGGGGUUGCACUCACUUAAGAAAGAUACCAUCUUUAUACAAUCUUCGGGUCUUGAAAAAUGGAUCAUAUCCAUUAAGGAAGAGAUGGAGAACAUUAUCAAAAAUACCUGAUGGAAUACUACCAAAUCUCUCCAAAGUUCAGUAUUUAGGAUUAGAUUAUAAGAUACUGUUGAAAGUGGAAGAGAUAAAGAAAUUGGUGAAGUUGGAAAGUUUUAGGGGUCGCUUCCUUACCGCACAUGACAUGAGCAUCUUUUUCAAUUCUCGAAGAGAUGGCCUAAGUUGGUACAAUCUUCAUAUUGGGGGCCUCAAGGUUGACCCUGUUAAUUUUGGUUAUUUUGGUAGUAUGAAUUUCAUACGUUGCUACGGUGUUGAUAUUUGUGGAGAGCCCACUUUACUACCAUCUGAUGUUCAAAAUUUGGAGGUGAUGGAGUGCAAUGAUAUGAGAAGCUUAAAUGAUAUUUCUGGCUUUCAAGAUGCAACUGACUUGCAAGAAUGCAAGAUUUAUGAUUGUGAAGGAAUUGAGUGUUUUCUUUCCUCGUGGUCAAACCAGCUCCCAAGCCUUCGUUUUCUGGAACUUUCACAUCUAAAAAAUUUGAAGGUCAUGUUUGAAGUAGAAGCUACUGCCAAGUCAGUACCCCCACCUAUCACUUUUUCAUCUCUUAAGGUCAUUACCAUUUCAUUUUGUGUUAAAAUAAAGAAGCUGUUCUCGCCCAGGUUGCUGCCACUAGAAUUCCUCCAGAAUCUAGAAGAGAUUGAAGUUAAAUAUUGUAUACAAUUGGAGGAAAUAAUAGCAUCAGAACCAGAAAGAGAAGGAGAAAGGGUCUCCAAGGUCAUUCUUCCGAAAUUAAAGAGGCUGAUGUUGUUGGCACUGCCCGCUUUGAGGAACAUUUGUAGCUCAAGUGCAGUACUUGUUUGCGAUUCCAUCAAAGAUCUUGAAUUUGCUAAUUGCUUGAAUCUUAAUAUAGGGUGUGUUUUUGGCUCGUGGUUCAACCCGCUGCAAACCCUCGAGAUUCUGACACUUUGGAGAUUAAACUUGAGAUCUGUGUUUGAUGAAGAAGCUCCUUCUUUGUUAGCUCCUCCCAUCACUGCUUUUUUGCCUCUUAAAAGCAUUUCUGUUUCCAACUGCCAUCAAUUGAAGAAGCUGUUCCCGCUUACAUUACUGCUUGAUGGAGAACUUUCAAUUCAUCCUAACUGGAAAUCAGUCAUGUUGCUGAUUCAAGGCAUAGAAGCUAGAGGUGCUUGUAGAGAAUUAAGCUUUGGCCCAGAUGAUGAACUAGAGCUCAAUUCUGGUAUGGAUGAUGAUUUUGAUGAAGCUUAUGAAUCCAGGCAGAAUAAAAGAAAUAAAAAGGGUGUCAUUGAAGCAGAAAUAGUUUCUUCACCAAGAGCUAACCUAGUUGCUGCUGCAGAGACGUCUGUUUUUGUCAAUGGAGUAAUACAUUGGAAGAUACAACCGUGGAACCCUUGGGAUGACGAAACGAUUGUCGCAUUUGAUUUAGAUGAAGAGAAGUUUUCGAUUCUUCCUCCUCCAACUGGUGCAGCAAAGAAUUGUAAUACUUUCCAUCUUGCGGGGAUUAGGGGAAAUCUCUGGUUGGCAGAGCACACACAUAAGUUUUCCAACAUCAAUUUGUGGGUUUUUAAUAAGGAUUUGCAGAACCCUUCCUGGAAAAAGGAAUUCAUGAUUGAUUGCACAACAAUUAGGGAUGGUUAUUCUUUAGUUGCUUCUUUUUUGCUGCAUCCGUUGGAUUUUCAGAAUGAAGAGGGAAUUUUGUCCAGGCUUGAUGGAGUUGGGCUAGUUCUUUACAAUGUCAAGACUAAAACUUUCACCCUUCUGAAGGAGGAAAGGGGUCGUUUUAUGUUUUGUUAUUAUAUAGAUGGUUUCUUGUCAUGAGACUUUUGAGUACAGGUCUCAAAGCUUUUCUUUUUCUCAGUUUUUGGUUUUAUGGGUUUAGUAAAGUUAUUAGUAAUGUGUUAUCAAUAUUUUGAAGUUUUAAUAAUUAAGAAUUUAAGGU